UUGUACAGCGAGACUUCUGGCUCACCCGGCUCCCGGUCCCAAAUACACUGGUCUACUACGGUGGGCAAGUUAACAGCGCUUAAAUGUCGGAGUACACACGUUAUUGUCUUUAACAGGAGCUUUUAUUGUUCGUGACGUGUGAUAGACUAGCUCUGUCAGUAUAGACUGUGCCGUUCGGUGCUGUGAAGGUAUUUUAUAGACGGUCAAUGCGCUGACAGCUCAGGAUCCUCAUCGCAGCAUCGCGUCUCAUUUUACCGGCAUCUAACUCUUUGAUUGGGUUACGUUGAAAACGCUAGCUAGCUGAGCUAAUUUAUCACUUGGAAAUGGUGAGAGGACCCAUUUUCGUCUCAGAUUAACUAUAUUAAUGUGUUCGUGGUGAAUAGUCGGGUUUGUAAGUUAACGGGCAGCUGGAGGCUUUUCCUUUCGAUACCGGCUGACAUGGAGGGGCAUGUGACGUGGUAGUCGGAGCUCGAGAUAAAAGCUUGUCCCAUUCCAAGUGCUCUUUGACUUAGACCUCGGGCAGUUGUCUGAGAGUGUGUCAACUUGUUCAUUCAUGCACCAGGAGGGCUCGUUGAUGCCGCCCUUGCUCAGUGAUGUAUUCUGCCAGUGCCGGUCCGCCGAGACCCACCCAGGGGUGGACCCGGGCGGUGGAGGCGGGCAUGCUGCCGACACCUCAUCGGCUUCAUCAUCUAAACCCGUCAUCGGACAGCCCGUGGCCGGCAGCUGGCCCUCCGACCCCGGCAAGUCAGCGUAUCCAUGUGACAUAUGUGGAGGGCCUGAGCAGGAGCAUAGACUGAAAGUGCUGUUCCAGGUCCUGGAUGUUAACGGUGAUGGAGGAAUUUGUGUCAACGACCUGACCAUUGGGCUGAAGAAAUUGGGGGUGCAUCGCACUGAACAUGAGCUCAUGGUGCCAGAGAAGAAAGAAGCUGAGGCUACUGGGAACUGCAGAGAGCUGCAUGCAACUGCGAACUCAUCUGACAUUGACAGCAGCAGGAGUAAUGUUUCUCUAAAGAAGCCCACAGUUUUAAUCAUGGUGGCUCCACCUACCGAUCUUCAACAGAAAAUAGUGAAAGCAGGAGACAAAGACCUGGACGGGCAGUUAGACUUUGAGGAGUUUGUUCAUUAUCUCAGAGACCAUGAGAAGAAACUCCGGCUGGUCUUCAAGAGUCUGGACAAGAAGAAUGAUGGUCGGAUAGACUCCCAAGAAAUCAUGCAGUCUCUCCGUGACCUGGGAGUGAACAUCUCUGAGGAGCAGGCAGACAAGAUUCUCAAAAGUAUGGAUAAAAAUGGCACAAUGACAAUCGACUGGAAUGAGUGGCGGGAUUACCACCUCCUGCAUCCAGCUGACAACAUUCCUGAGAUCAUCCUUCACUGGAAACACUCCACGAUCUUUGAUGUUGGGGAAAGUUUGAUGGUGCCAGAUGAGUUCACUGCAGAAGAGAAGCAAACAGGAAUGUGGUGGAGACACCUGGUAGCUGGAGGAGGAGCUGGUGCUGUUUCUCGAACCUGCACAGCACCACUGGACAGGCUCAAAGUCCUCAUGCAGGUUCACGCCUCCAAGAGCAACAGCAUGCACAUCAGUGGCGGCUUUACUCAGAUGAUCCGUGAGGGCGGUGUGAGGUCACUGUGGCGAGGCAAUGGAAUCAACGUCAUCAAAAUCGCCCCUGAGUCUGCUAUUAAGUUCAUGGCGUAUGAACAGAUUAAGCGAUUAAUUGGAAGCAACCAGGAGACGUUGGGCAUCGCAGAGAGACUGGUGGCAGGCUCUCUGGCCGGAGCCAUCGCUCAGAGCAGCAUCUACCCCAUGGAGGUCCUGAAGACACGAUUAGCCCUGAGGAAGACGGGUCAGUACUCUGGCAUCUUGCAUUGUGCCAAACAUAUCUUCCAGAAGGAGGGUGUGGCUGCUUUCUACAAGGGCUACGUCCCCAACAUGCUGGGCAUCAUACCCUACGCUGGUAUCGACCUGGCUGUGUAUGAGACUCUGAAGAAUUCCUGGCUGCAGCGCUUCGCCACAGACAGCGCUGAUCCAGGAGUGUUUGUGCUCCUGGCUUGUGGCACCACCUCCAGCACGUGUGGCCAGCUGUCCAGCUACCCACUGGCCCUGGUCAGGACCCGAAUGCAGGCACAAGCUACCUUGGAGGGAGGCCCUCAGAUGAGCAUGUCAGGCCUGUUCAGACACAUCAUUAGGACCGAGGGGGUCAAGGGACUGUACAGAGGCCUGGCACCCAACUUCAUGAAGGUUAUUCCAUCUGUCAGCAUCAGCUACGUAGUCUAUGAGCACCUAAAGAUCACACUGGGGGUCCAGUCAAAGUGAAGAGGGAGGCAGAGAGGGAUCAAGAGAAAACCAAAGAGUUUCUGUUCUUGUCUUUUGAGCUGAAGAUUGACUGCGUUUGGUUCUAAGGAAGAAGCAGCUGGCAUUCUACAUAUUUAAAUCACCAAUCAAAUCCCAGGAUUCAAAGGAUAGAUGUGAAUCAUGAACUUGAAAGCAGAGAGGCCUAUGAAGACUUUACAUUUAGGGAAGCCUGAUUAACACAAUGUCUGUCCGUUGCUCUUAUUUAAAUCUUUCUUUGAGCAAUCAUACAGUAGUUAAAGUCCUGUUAAUCUUAAUUUAAGAAGACAGGAGUUUACAUUGAAUUGAUUGGGCGAUUUACUGGUGUACCAGUAAAACGUACCUGCUUGUUUUGGGCACUGACACAGAUGUGAAGGAAGACUCUGAGUCUUGAAGGGCUUUUCUAAGGCAUAUCACGAGUAAGUAUUUUCUCCCAACUGGAAGACUUGAACACUAAAAAUCUGCAAAAGUACUCUGAAUGUGCACAAAACCCAUGUGGAUAUAACUUCGCCAGGUACAAAAAGUGCUCCUUUAUGUUGAUCUUGGUGGGAUCCACAGCCUUAUUCUGUGAUACAAGGUGAUCAUUGGUCCUCAUUAAUUAAUUUUAAGUUAGUGAAAAUCUAUUCAGCUACAGCCAGCUCUCAGCAGCUUAAGAUCUUGUUUUUCUACAUCUUUCAACAUUGUUUUGGAUCGAAAAACAUGCAGUUUUAUGUUGGUGAUCUGCAACAUUCAUUGAUUCCUCCUUCACUCUGCCCAGAGGGUCAACCUUCCCAUUACUGACACUCCAACAUCUCCCUCAGGCCUGUGCCUGUAAACAUUCCCCAAACACUUUAAUGCUUCCGAAGAGAUGAGUCCUGAUAUUUAACUCACCCUCUUCCUCUUGCACUAAGCUUAUGUUUAUAAAGCCACUUCUGGUAAGGAUCUAGGACUUGCAUGGUUUUUACUGUGUUGAUAGUAAAUAAGGCUUCAGUCUGUUGCUUUAAACAGCAAAUGUGACCACAAGCAGUAAACUAACUAACUGUCUUUUAGUGGCUACAGUGUGUUUACUUCUUGUUGUACGUUUGAGAUAAAACCACAGGCGGUAGCAGUAGUAGUAGAAAUCAGCUGCACAUUGUUCAAAAAGGUUAUAUAAUCUCAGUGAACUAACACAGCAAUGUUAGCAUCUCGAUUUAAUGUGAGCAGGUCCAGUAGGGCUGUUGUUUGAUUUGAAGACAGUGACUUAUUGUACAGAACUGUAAGUCUGUCGUUUAGCAUUUAGUUGUAUGCUGACUGACUGCAAAAAGGAAAUAAUUGCUGUAUUCGAGGUUGGGCUUGUCAGCAUAGUGGGAAAGAAUUAUAAGCAGCAGUAGUCAGUGACAUAAGGGAUCAGAAUGAAUAACCCAAAGAGCUUUCCUGCUUUCAGAUGCUGUUAAUGUCCACAAUCAGGUUGUUGUGGAGCGCUGGGAACCUUUGCACUUGCUAUCCUUCCUGUCAGAAUUGUAGAAAUGUCCAUUUCAGCAGAGCCAGAUCAGCUGAAAGAGGCUACGCAUGUAAUCAUGUUACUAUAGUUUCAGCAACUCUCUGGUCUUGAAAAUAAUACUUUCAUCAUUAGACCCAGUUGAUCCUGGUUUUAUAAAACGCACGUGAUUAAACUUUACUUUGUGUUUAACAGUGUUAUUUAGGAACACUUGUCAGAGCCCGUCAACAUUUCCAGCACCUGAAGUCAACGUGGCAUAUUCUGUCAAUAUUCAUAACAGGUGUGAGUACAUGGCUUCAUCUGCAUUGUUAAGUUUAAAUUGGAUUAAAAUGUAUAUAAGAUAGAUGAAUAGUUAGAUGCACUAUACUUGUGUUGGGAUGAAACACAGCACAUUAACUAUUUUGCUUUGGUGAUGUCAGUCGUUCAGCACUAACAGUAUAAUGUUGUGAGGUUAGGUUAAACUGCACAGAAGCUUCAUAGGAGCGUCUUUGGCAAACAACUCCGGUCCUCCUGAAUUCCUGUACAGAAUAUCAGUUAUCAUACAUUCACCCCUAGUUUUCUGAGAUUUCCUUUGCACAGGCUUAACAUGAGUCAUCGGGUGAAAAUGUAGUUGUGUUAGUCACAGGAGUGACUUUCUGACAAGGAGUUACAGGUGAAAUGCCUGUUAAUAUUUUGUCAAAUGUUGUCGGUAGGUAAGAGAUUUCUAAGGAAAAUUGAACCUGCUUGUCAGCUAGACAUCUCCAUCUACGUUGUAAAUAACUACUCCUUUAAGUGACAUGGCAGGACAUGCGAGCAGAGGCAGCACUCCCAACCUGACUGAUGCCUGUGUCAAAUGGUCACAGAUUCCCAUGAGUGCCUUGCGUGCCGAGCCUCUCUUAUGUAAAUGCACCUACACACUAUCAGAGGAGGAGUCUGUGGAACGUUGAAUGCACUUUAAGGUCCUCCGCUUUAAUUCCUGUUUUUAUUUAUUACUGUAUUUAUGUAUUUAUUUUUCAAAUGAUUAAUGAGUGAAUAUGUGAUCCGUUGGUUGUGCUGAGUGAAUAAUAAUCAACUGGCUUCUAGCAUUUAGGGUCGUCUGGUGGUCUCUCGAUGAAAAGAACUGAGACUCACGGUGUGGUUUGGAUGAUAGAGCGACUGAUGUGGUUUGAAUUUCAAUCGCUUAAUUAUAUGGAACCACGUUCAAUACUUAAUAAAUAAUCAUAGAAAUACAUUCUGUUGUGUAGAGCAGUCACGGAGGAAAAACGACUGUCUUUUUGCUCUUUGCAUAGUUGUGUCUUUCUCUAAAGGACAUCUUUAAAAUCAAAAUGUGUCAGGAGAAACUUUUAGUUGACCCUCUGAUGUCAGCGGCUCACAUUGUUGUUCACAGGGCCUCUUCAUUUUGAUGCUGAGUGAUAAACCAAGCUCACAACCCCAGUUAGCUAGUUAGGGUUGUAACAUGAACUGCAUUGUUGAGCUAAGUUUAGGAAAAAAAAAAAAAUUAAAAA